UGCAUUCUUGCGGACCAAUUUUCACUCCCGUCCAGCUCCCGAAACCACUCCACAAAUUUCGCCUCCCAUGACAAAAACGUUCAGCAUUGGUCUCCGCUUUCAUGCUCGAGAUCCAAUGGCCACAAUACAUUGUCAUCCAGCACUUUCCUCUUUGUGGUUGCAUUUUAGCUUGCCUCUUGUCAUCGUCUUACUCAACGAGAUCAACCGAACCCUCCAGUCACAACAAUGGGACUGUUUGACAAGAACACCAACACGCACCCCAAUCUGAGCAAGCUGCAAGAUGUGAAACGAACGCUGACAUACCAUGGAUGGGAAAUUGAUUUUCGGGAUGCCCUGGAUGCUCACAAAGAACGAGACUAUUCGGUCGACUUUCCCAAGGCGCUGCGAAAACUAAAGGUGAAACAAAAGCUUCACGAAAAGGAUCGCUCGCAUCCUCGUUUGGUGGCACUCGAUGCCAUUGUUGUAAAAGGCUUGACGUAUCCCGGUUGGGAGGCCGAUGUUCGUCAGCUGGAAACGAUGCACUGUGAAAUCCCGUAUAUCGCACGCUCCGAUAUAGCAUUCAACAACAAACUACGAGGUUUGGAGUUUAGUCAACAAAUGUACGAACAAACUGGAACAGUCGAAAGCACCACGGCCGCAGAAUCAUUUGGAAUAACCGCCACUAUCGAAGAACCAACCUCGUCAAGAUCGGACAAGACGCAUGGUCCAUUCGGGGCGUGUGUCAUUUGUGGAGACGAAGCAAGGUCUCAUGCGUUCGUUCCUUGCGGACAUCUCUGUGCCUGUCGGGAAUGCUCCCCCAAAGUCAUGCGGCGAGAUCGUCGGUGCCCCGUAUGCCGAGGCAGCUGCGCGGGAACAGUUCAGAUCUACCUCUAGCCAGAUAGUACCGGUACAGAUUGGGUUGUAUCGUUGCAUGUCCAUGGUUAGAAAUUGCAGUGAGGGAGCUGGUCGAAAGAAUACCACCACAGCCAGCGUCACUUGCAACAAAUAGUAGAAAUUGUUAAACAGUCUACGAGAUCUCUUGCGGCAUGUUGAAUGGCAUGGCGCCAGCAGAUCUUGCUGGUGUGUCUCGAAAAAGAAGCAAGACAAACCAGUCCUCUUUUAGGUCCUAGUAGUCAAAACGCUUGUGGAAUUUAGAUGACAUGAUCAUUCCAAAGUUGGUGAGAAAGGUUUGAAGGAUUCCAAUCUACAUGUAGUAUGAUCUAUCUGUCCUUGGUUCUGGCCGACUGGCUCUGGCCCAGGCCGUGUGUGCCUGGCUUUGAUUAUUAUUUGGUCUUAUCUGACACUACAGUAGCUAUCUAGCUA